UUUGCCAUUCAGCACUCGAGUCGUGCAGCCAAACUAACUACAUAUACUGUGUUAUUAUUGGUGUAGAUUAAUCUGGAGAAACUAUCAAAAUUUUUAAUAUCUCUAAAUGCUCCUCUAGCUAACGCUCUUUAGUUAGCACUUCGUUUUUUUCUUUAGUCAUCUAUAAUUGUGUGUUGAGUAAUUGGUAUUAUAAUUAAUGUUCAAAAGUGGUACUGUUCAUUCCUAACUUAUCAGCCGCGAUAUCGCUCAUAUUAAACAUUUAUUAUUUACAAUUGUUCGACAUCGACGUACAAGCUGUUGGAACUCUUUUCCUUCAAAAAAUUAAAUAAUUUGUACAUUGUUAUUGAUGGAUUUGAUAGAUAUUGAUGUCUACAACUAUGCUUGAUAAAAGAUUGCAAAUACUACAAUAUGAAAGCUGACAUCAACUGUGAAGAUCUGUCUACAAAAAACAACGACGUACUAGAUAGUUCAAAUAAUUUAGAAUUGUUAUAUUGCUCACAUCUUUGGAAGGACAGCAUUUUACGACAAAACAUCAUCAAUGCGCCUUCUAAUGCCUCCGUAAUCAAAUAUUGUUAUACGUGCAAAGGUAAAGUUAGAAAAUAUGAAAUUAAUCCAGUAUGUGAAAGUUUUAUUCCAACAACUUACUCAACGCCAAACACGACAUGUACGGAAACAACGGAGAACGAGGAUGUGGAUUCUGCACAAUGCAUAGAAAAAGAAAUUCGUGGUUCACGACGUAUUGAAACAGUUAAUAACGAACGAAAUAUGAGGGAAUCAGAAUUGAAUGAAAACAUUCCAUCAAUAUCACAGCAUGUCGAUUCGGACUUUCGGAAUAAGUACACAUCAUAUGAAUUACCGACCAAUGAAAAUAGUCGAAGAGGGAAUACGAAAAUCCGUGAAGGCAUGUGUUGGGUUUUGAAAAUUAACAAAUCAGACAGCCUCUUCAAAAAGCGGACUCAAUUACAAGCAUGCUCAAUUAGUGUUAUGAUUGUCGCUAUCGUCGUGAUUAGUAUAGUGUUAAUAAAUUUUGCGACUCCUAAUUUAACUCAUGCUUCUAAUGUUGUUAGUAAAAUUGUAGUGCCAACUAGUACCAUAUACUUCAACGAUACAUCAAUUGAAACUAGCACUGUAAAUCUCAAUAAUGCGUCAUCAUCAAAUGCGAUAGCAAUGAAUUUUACAAAUUAUGUGAUCACCACAGAACAUUCCAGUAUAGAAAAUAUAUCAAUAGUUUCGAGUAUAAUUUCGAAAAUACGAAAUAAUCUUAAGACUUUUUCAAAAGAAGAAACGAAGAAUAAACAAAUACUAAAGCCAAAAGAUAUAAUAAAUAGAGAUAUAUCAAAGAAAUUCUGUUCGUGCCAAAGUAAUGAAAUUUGUAUGCUGGACGAGAACAGUGGAAAAUCAGUUUGUCGUAUUCCAAUUGAUAGAGAUGAUCCUACUGGGUGCGGUGGACUCUGUACAAUGGAAUUAGAAGCUUGUCAUUUGGUAGACAAGGAAUUAGGUGUUCGUGUUUGUAGACUUUUAACACUAGCAACGUGUUCACCGGAAGAAUGGCGUUGUCGUAAUGGUUUAUGUGUUCCUACAGAAAGCAGAUGCAAUGGUUCAGUAGAAUGCUAUGAUCGAUCAGACGAAGUACAUUGCGACUGUGAUCUUACAAAGCAGUUUCGCUGCGGGAAUUUAAUGUCUUGUUUUUCUAACAUGAAGCUCUGCGAUGGGAUCGUCGACUGUUGGGAUGGGUUCGACGAACGUAAUUGCACUGAAUGUCCGCAAAACCAAUCACCGUGUAAAGAUGGCCAAUGUUUUUUAUCAUCAAGAUUUUGUGAUGGCUUCGUAGAUUGCGAAGAUCGCAGUGAUGAACCAGAUGGCUGUGGAGGAUCGUGUAGGAAGCACGAACUGCGUUGCUUGAAUCAACGUUGCGUGCCUCUCACAGUAAAAUGCGACGGUCAAGAUAACUGCGGGGAUGCUUCCGAUGAAUUAAAUUGCUUUAUGACCUAAAUUUAUCAGGCUUUUCAUUUCAAUCUAAA